GGGAGCGGUUUAUUGACCUUUUAUGGACAAUUUAGGCUGGUUUACCUUGUUGUGAUUCUUUGUCAGUUAGGGUUAUAUAUAAGGUGAGUUUAACCCGUGCAUAUUCUCGGAUAGUGAUUGUGAGUUUUUCUGGUCAUUAAAUAAAUUGAAAAAGUGAUUACAAAAAUUUAAGAGAACAAAAGAAAAAAAAUGCUUAUAUUGUAAGCUUCUAUUUCUUACUGGGCAGUAAUGCAUGCAAGUAAUGAUGAUGAUUGAAGACGUGCCUACUACUACUAUAAUUUUCUGGACGUACAAUGGCCCCAUGAACUUUGAAGUUUCUUUUUCAAACACCUAAAAAAGAUGAAAACUUUCCUCUUUCCCAUUUCUGAUAUCUUACCAAACAAUUAAUGAUGGGUACGAACAAUCACCCGCUGCCACCACCUUCUCCGAUUCCGACCGGAAAAGGCUCUCGGUCGGCCGUCGAUUCUGUCUUGUCUGAAUACAUAGACCAAACACAGAUAGUGCCGGAACUGAGUCUCCCUCAAAAUGCACAACGUUGGGUACCUGCUGAAAUCGAUUAUGAAUCGCUCAAGUUUCGUGACAGUCAAGCUAUUGAAAAGAUUUCGAAAUCGAUCUCAGAUGAUGGAGUGUUUCUAGUCACUGAUCAUGGGGGAUUCAGUACCGGGGAGCUGAGGUCAAUCUUGAUUGAUAAUCAAUGGACUUUUGCGUUGUUAUCACCGGAUCAUAACGAUUGGCGGCGUCGCGGCUAUAAUGAGAAGUAUGUUUGGUCCAUUUCAGACAAGAAGUUGACGCUGGAGAAAGGCAAAUAUACUGCCCAUAAUCAGGAAAUUUUGCAGAUUUUAAGCCAAGAAAUGGAGAAUGUUGGCACUAAGCUAAAAGAAAUGGCACAAGAAUUAAGCCCAGUGGUCCUAGGAAGUAGGAGUGGACAACCUGCGACAAAAACAAAAUCCGACGAAACAAAACUGUGCAUUUAUGGAUCCACUACUAAUUAUAACACUCAACAAUCUGCUAGUAUCAUUGACGACCAAAGUGAUGAUCAUUAUCCAUUAUUCAAAUAUGGUUUCAGCCUGCUUCUUCCUCUUCAGCCAACUGAAUUUUACGUCAAAGCAAAAGCGUCGUCGUUUAGGACGACGACCGCCGAUACAGUGAUUGUCGCCAUUGGCGAAGACCUCCAGAUAACCAAUUCACUUACAGUGAAUCUCCAUGGAAACUCAGUCUCGUUAUCCAUUGAACUCAACUACUCUUCUUCUUCUUCUUCUUCUUCUUCAACUUCACGUAACAGUGAUGACGACGUUGCACAGAAUAAAAUCUCCUUGCUUGAUCAGAUUGUUAUAGUCAUCAUAUUCAUAUUGCUAUAUAAUUUUUUUGGCUGUCUAAUUUCAUGGUUUUGAGGCUUAAAAAUAAAAAUUUCCCCACAAAUGAUGAGUGAUGGAGUGAGUGAUAUACUGUUAUAUACACACAUAUAUACUUUACUAGUUUACUUCAUAAAAAAAUUGGGUUUCCAAUUUUACUAUUGUAAAGAGUGAUUUGGCUGCUUCGCUUGUUCACCAGUUCAUUAUAUUGUGUUUGCUUGGUUUAUAGUGUGCUAAUAUAUAUUUAUGAGUUCGUGUAAAGAGAAUUUUGCAAUAAUAAUGUUU